UAUACACAAAUCCUCUCUCAGAAGUCAGACCAACGCAUAAACAAUGUCCAACGUCACAGUAAUCGCCGCUAUUAUGAUUGCAGCGUCGCUAACAGGACACGUGUCAUCACAAAUGGGUCCAUCUCCUUCGUCAGGACCAUCGGCUGCACCAGACUGCAUGACGAAUCUUUUGAACAUGACGGACUGUCUCUCGUACGUUCAGGUUGGAGACGGCGGUGGUGCGGCCAAGCCGGACAAAGCGUGUUGCCCGGAGCUGGCGGGACUUGUGGAAACCUCGCCGCAAUGCCUCUGUUACCUACUCGCCGGUGAUAUGGCGGCUCAGUAUGGAAUCAAGAUUGAUAAGGCGAAGGCUCUUAAACUUCCCGGAGUUUGCGGCGUCGUUACUCCGCCUCCUUCGCUCUGCUCUCUGUUUGGAGUUCCAGUUGGAGCACCUGAACCUAUGGGCAACGAGGAAGCCUCCCCAGCCUUCGCUCCAACUUCAGAAUCACCAGGAGGAUUUGCGUCGGGUCCUUCGGUUGGCAAAACGAGCGCAGCACCAAGCACUUCACCAUAUAAUUUUCUCAAUCUUAUGAUUUUUCCCGUAUCUUUUGCACUUUAUAUCUAUUGAUUUAUUUUUUCUCUUAAUAGCACCAUCAUUAUUCGUAUUGUAUUUUCUUAAAAGAGUAUUGUUUCUAUUGUAGGUUUUUUUUCCUGAAUUUAUUACUUUGUGUAUCCAUGGAUUAUUUUCGUUCAUGUUAUUGAAUAAAGUUUAUUGUCUUA